UAUUCCACACGUCCAGCUUCUUCUAGCGGAGACGUACUGGAACGCUAUCAGCACAAAUUUACGAAGGAAAAGCCAUUCUCACCGCGAACGGUGAAGAACAAUGCGGAGUCCAAACUGCGCAGUUUACGCUGUUACAAUCCUCCGAUUCGAGCUCGUCGAUUGUCCACAGAGAAAAAGACGUCUCGACCAUUAAGUGCCGGAGAGACACAAGCUGAGCCUGACCAUCCACAACCCCGACCAAAUUCUGUACGAUCACAACGAUCCACAUCCCGAUCCAGUCCACGUGUCACCAGUACCGCACAUCGUCCCAGCAGCUCCGGCCUUCUGGAGCCACGAAAUUCAAAUCCGUCGAAUCACGGUCAAUCGGACGGGGGACGAGCUCAUAUAUACACUUUUCCUAGUAAUCAUCAAGAUUCCCGAUAUAGUCCGGCUGAAAUUGAACCCCAUCCAGUCUCCGCCGUGACUGUGAUUCCAAGCCAGACUAAUCUGUCUCAGAAACAGGCAACUGUUUCCCAAAUGGGAAAAGUAGAUCAGUGGUUGAACACAUUAGCUGAAUCUAAAGGACUGCCACAGAACAAACUUGAUGCAGAUGCACCACUAACUGAUAUGUCCACAGGUUUCAACAGCACCGGUGAGAGAGUACGCAGUGGAACUUUGGGUGCUAAAGCAACACAAAACGAUUCAAAAAACUUGAAUUGGCUAAUCGCAGAACACACGGCAAGAAACGAAUUCGGUUUGACUCAGGAUCAAUUGCAACAAGCCACCGACCAGUUGCGUAUUCAGCUGAAAAUUUCAGAUGAUACUCCGUCCACUGCGCUUAUACCGUUCAGUUCUUCACACUCUUGGACAACCGCUGUGGAUAGUUCCACAGAUGGUCAGGCACAGCCUGCACGUAGCAGUCUUUCAGGGGACACAAUUGAUAGUGCUGUGGCUGGUUCUUUGGGAACCACGGUCACUGCUAAGCUAGUUCUCACAUCCCUAAGACCCCCUCCGGCUCCUGGACGUAUAGGAACGGGUACACAUCGCAUUGUCACUAGCCGGGUCGGAGUUCGGGGCACCUCUCCCGGCACUACUUUGACUGUUGAAAAUGAUAACCACUUGCGUUUGCCUCAAGUCGGUGAUACACCAAACAUAUCCACAGGAAAAAUGUCCCCAUCACGGAUCGAGUGGUCUGCCGAACUGACUGAUGCGACAGCACCGGUAAUUCUGUCUGACGAUCAGUUGUCUGCCAAUGAGCACGAAGACACACUGAACGAUCAGUUAACCAUUCCCAAUCUAUCCGGAUCAGUGCAUUGCACCGACGCGUCAGACAUUCCCGAGGCCAGCCCUCCUGAGUCUGAGGCAGAUUUGGAUGAGUUCAGUUCAGCCCCGGUUUGUGCAACUCCAACCAAUCAAUGUGUCCGUUCGGGGUCGGACAGAGACGCCUCAUCGGAGUUCUUAAACCCCAGACAGACGCGUGUGAAAUUUGCUUCUGAACCAGAAGUACUCCUCCCCAAAACCGACAUGACUACGUCAGCAAGUAGUUUAACCGAUCUUACUCAGAUGUCCUCCGGGGAGUUACACAAUUCCAGCGCCCCAGAUGCUGAACCUGAUCUGUCCUCAGUUCAAGCAAUAGCCGAGGGCGAUUCGAAUUUCUCGUUCGAAAUAUCGACAGCUUCCAAAGGUUGUUCCCAGGUCGUCCCGAUGGAAGGAAUUGCAUCUCCGCGAGCCAAAAUUUGA